UUACUUGGUUUAAUACUGCGGAGGUCUGAUUAAUAUUAGAUUUAUCCUAGUUUGUAUUUAUAACUUGAUUAAAAUCUCCACCUAGUAUAGUUAUUUUGUGUUUCUUUACCUACUCUGAUCUGUUGUUAAAUCUGUAAAUAAUUCACUUUUUCUAGUUGCUAGUUUGGUGUAGGAAUGUUUUUACUGAACAGAACUGCUUUAGAAAGUAUUGAUCUCUGAUAUUCUUGACCAAUAGAAAUGAUGAUUGUGUGAAACUCAAUACCUGAGCUGUUUUAGUGAAGAACAGUUGAGUUAUUAUGUUGAAUGUUUGAACUGAACUGAGUACAGUAAAGCUGAUAUCUAAUGACAGUGGGGUGGUUGUGUUUAUAGCAACAGCGUGAAGCCACAAGUCUUUAUAAGCUCUUGUCAGUAUGUACUGUAUGAAGUAAUAAAUGAAAAAUGUCUGAAAUUGUCCACGAGCGCGAUCAACAUCCGACUCUCUCCCGACUCUCCAGCCACGAUGAUCACAUUUGGGCAACAGUGUCAUGUUUUAUUGAGCAACAUAUGCUCAUGAGGAAGGGGGUUUGUAUCUUGGGUUUGGGGACUUUUACAUUCUGUCUUCACAAACUCAGACCAACAUUCGUCCUGUCAGAGAAACUCUGUCACAGUUAUGGAUUCAAACAGAAGAAACUUCAAUGUUCAGACGUGCCUGUGGUGUCGCUCAACUUCUCAGCUCUCAGUGUGGAGGGCCCAUACGAGCGUGACGUUGUGCAGGCCUGUGUACGUCAGACCGUUCUCCUGCUUCUCCACGCGGCCACCACACGUCACUCUGUAGCUCACACCUUCCACCGAAUCGGAGUUCUGACGUUUCAACAAACCCGAGUGAAGAUGAUCUUUUAUCGUGACUUCAUCUCAGCCGUGGAUGCUGCUUGGAAACUUCCAUCAAGCGUGAGUUAUUUACUCAGACUUCAGUGUGUUUGACGUCGUGUUAAUUAGACGAGAUUUGAUUUGCAGAGACCCGAGUCGAGCAGCCGUCAGUCAUCUGAGAGACUAAACCACAUCCAGAGACCUACGAGCACCACUGUGAUACCCAGAACGUCUGCUGGAGAACCUCAGAUAAAGACUGAACCUUCAUCGUCUCCAAGACAACCCGAUGAAGAAGUUGGACGGGUUAACAGUGAAUCUUUUGGCUGUGCAGCUGAGAUUCAACAUUCAGUAUCGUCUCAUCAUCGGCCAGCAGAAAGUGAGAUUGUUACCAUCACAGAUGAGCAAAAGACAUCAAACACUGACAGAGUUGAGAGGCUUUCACAGACACCAGAGGACACAAUGAGCAUAAAGAGAUUCAGUGAUACAGGUGUGAAGAUGACGUGCAGUGAUCACAGACGAGCAGGACAGGAGUUGUGUUAUGUGUGCAUGCAGCGGACCCAACAAAACAUUCCCCUUUAUGUGUCUGAUGAGAAAAGAAAAGCUGAGCGGGAACAAGAACGAGUCUUAAUGCUCAACCAACAUCAGAAAGAUCAAGAGUAUUUCCAUAAAGAAGAGAUGGACAGAUUGCAGAUGCGUGAAGACCGGCGUCAAGUGGCUGCGUUUAAUUUGGUCGUCGCAGAAGCUCAGAGAGGCAGGAAGACAUCGAGCCGAUCACAAGGUUCGUACAUCUUUGUGGGUCGUCCGUGCACUCCGAACCGUCCGCUGCAGCUGAGGUGCUACAUGCAGGAGCUGACGCAUGAAACUGACAGACACAGAGAGAUGCAGGUGCAAGAGAAACGACUACAGAAAGACAAACUGCAUGGGCUACGAUUUUACUCGGCGCUUUAUCAUCUUCAUCUGUUUCUGUGUUUAAAAGUCAUCUUCAUGUGUGAUGUUUGUAUCAGGAUGGCUUUAACUCAAUCUCAAGAGCUUCAUGACAAACACCAGCUGAGCAGCAUUUACAGGAAGGCACUUCAUACACAAUCAGAAGACAAAACGUCAGAAAUCAAAGCUCAUCACAGUGACCUGAGGCCUGUAUUCGGCCUGAUGGACGGAGAUCCUGCGGCUAUAGCGGAGCAGAGACGGCGAGCGCAGAAAAUCGCAGAGGAGCUGAAGACCACGAACAUCAGCAGAAGAAGAGACAAUCUGAUGAAACGCUUGGAUGAGCAGAAGAGAGAACGAGAAAUAAUUCAGACCGACCAGAAAUUAAUGUUAGAAGAGCGAAUCCGUCAUUGUGAGAAAGUUCAACACCUGCAGGCCGCCUGUGAGGGAAGCUGGCAGCACAGCAUCUCACUGAGACACCAGCGAGACCGAGAGGAGAUGGACUUCAGGAGGUUAUGCGGUGAAACUCUAACCGAUCAACUUAAAAAAUAUGAGCGUUGCAGCCGAUGCAAACGCACCACAGCCAACCACGGCCAGAGCAACAUCUUUAGAGACACGCAUUUUUCAUCGGGAUCUCGCUUCAUGUUGUAGACCAAAAUAAUCAAGAAACAGCCUGAUCUUCAAUUUACACAUCUUAUGUAAAACAUGUUGAAGUGGCCGCUGACAUCUUAUAUCUUUUCAGGUCAUUUGAGAGUUGUUUUAAAGCCUCCUUAUUGCCACUCUUCAGAGGAGAGUCAAAGAAAACAACAACAACUUGCAAUUGGCCACCUUAAAUCAAUUUUCUCAUGAUUGAAUGCACCGGUCUAUGAAGUUUAAGGCUUAAUGAUCUCACCAAACCAAUUGUGUGUUCCAAUGAAUCAGUCGUAAGUAGUUACAGGUAGGCAUGGACCGGUAUAAGAUUCUAGCCGUAUGAUAACCUUUAGCAAAAAUACCACGGUUUCACAGUGUUGCGGUAUUGCCAUUGCAAAUACAUUUUCAAAUGCCAGGUAAAAAUAAAGCCUUGAAAUUAUAAUAUGCUUUCAAAAAAUAUAUAAUAUUUUCAAAUGUAUAUUAAAUGUGAACAUCAAAUCAAUCACAUAACUUAAUGAUUUUAUAAAUUUUGUAUAAACACAGCUCAUACCUUGGAGACGGUGUCACAGAACAUUUUAGUGGUUUUGAAACCUUGACUGUUUAAAACCUCGGUAUACCUUGAAACGGGUAACCGGCCCAUGCCUAGUUACAGGUAUUCAAAUCAACAAAAUGACAAGGGUGCCCAAAUUUAUGCACCUGUCUAAUUUAGUUUUGAUUGUGGUUGAGUUGAAAUAAACAUCAGGUGGCGAUAUGAUGAUGUGUUUAAGUUUA